CCGGCCACAUCUUCCUCAGCCUUCCAGCCCGACGGACCAUGUCGAGGUUCAGCUGGGGAUACGGCGAGCACAACGGUCCUAUUCAUUGGAAUGAAUUUUUCCCUAUUGCUGAUGGUGAUCAGCAAUCUCCAAUUGAGAUCAAAACCAAGGAAGUGAAAUAUGACUCUUCCCUCCGACCUCUUAGUAUCAAGUAUGACCCAAGCUCUGCUAAAAUCAUCUGCAAUAGUGGCCAUUCCUUCAACGUUGACUUUGAUGACACAGAGGACAAAUCAGAGCAUGGAGAAGGAAGGGAAAGUUGUCAGAGACAGAGUUGGAGAGGCUGGACAGGGCCUGAUCUUACUGGGCUCCAUGUUGUUCAUUGGAAUUCAGACAAAUACCCCAGUUUUGUUGAGGCAGCUCAUGAACCAGAUGGACUAGCUGUCUUGGGAGUAUUUUUACAGAUUGGCGAACAUAAUUCCCAAUUGCAAAAGAUUACUGAUAUUUUGGAUUCCAUUAAAGAAAAGGGUAAACAAACUCGAUUCACAAAUUUUGACCCAUUAUCGCUGCUUCCGCCAUCUUGGGACUACUGGACAUAUCCUGGUUCUCUUACGGUUCCACCUCUUCUUGAAAGUGUCACAUGGAUCGUUUUAAAACAACCUAUAAAUAUCAGCUCUCAACAGCUGGCCAAAUUCCGCGGUCUCCAGUGCACAGCGGAGGGUGAAGUAGAGGCUUUUUUGUUGAGCAAUCACCGUCCACCACAGCCCCUGAAGGGACGCAAAGUGAGAGCCUCUUUCCGUUAGAAAUUAUCACCAGCAGACCAUCCCCAACACAACUGUGGAGAGACCAAAAAACAUAAGACAAAAGUCCCUACUAACACCUCCUAGAAUUCCAAUUUAUGGGUACCAUUUUACUGUCAGCUUCAGCAUCACAGAAAAAACCAGAUCUCUUAAACUAACUUAAUUCAUCUGUCUCAGAUUUGCACUCAUGGGUAUUCAAGCAGAAAACAUUGUUUGAUGUGUACUAAAACCUAUAAAAUACAUGUUUUCAAACUGUGUGAAAACAUGGCCGACAUUGCAAACCUCAGAAUGCAUUAAAAGUGUUAUCUAGCCGUAGAGACUGAAUUAGUCACAUUUCUGAGAUGUUAGGUAAAAAACUUAAAUUUAUUUUUCAAAUGACAGGAUUGUGAUACUUUUUUCUAAACAAGUCAUUCUGCUUAAUGUUUUGCUAUUAUUCCAAUAUAAAAAAGUAGAUGAUAUUUCAAAGUAAAUUUUUGUGAUGAUAUGUUGCUGAUUCUCAUUGCAUAAUAACUUCAAUAAAGUGAACAGUGUGAGAGUUACAGGGAAUGGGAUACAGCUACUUAAUAUAUCUACUCCACAGAUCAAAAAGAACCCAUACAUUUGGUGAGGAAUUCCUCAGGAUAUAAAUGGCUAUUUAUAUGGCAAUGAAUUAUGCCAUAUAUCAUAUUCACUUGGUAAUAUUAAUGAUGAACUGGUUAAUAAUUGAAAAGAUGCAGUGCUUUACAAUUUAUGACAUUAACAGAUGACCACAGACCUGCCUGCAGGCAUGAUGAACCGGUUGCCUACUUUUGCCCUGUGUUUCAGCAACAGAGUCGGUAACAAUCUUGUGUGGGUCAUUGUUCUGUCAAUUGGUGGAAAAAAUUACUUGAGUCUCUUAUAAAUACACAAUCCGUCCUUAAACCCUCAAACUCAUUUUUAUGGCAAAGCCUUGAGAGACAUCUUAAACACGUCCUUCAGUCUUAUGUAAUUUUGUAAGAUGGUGCUUGAUAUUAAUUUUAACCUAUUAUCUCUUAUUUAUUUUUGUUUGUUUUUGGUGAAGGAGGAUUGGGGUGGUGUCCCUUUUGCCCAUUCUGGU